AAUACGAAAGUAAAGCACAUGAUGUUAAUUUCCAUGUUUCUAUUUCUAAAGUUCUAUCAUGAUCUAAUUUUCACAGUUUAAUAUAACAAUUAACAUUACGUGACAUCUAUGUAUAUAGGCAUUUUUUUAAUGCGGUUGUACAGCUUUAAUGUAAAGUUUCAAGACCCAAUCGACAUUCAUGAUUGAGUAUUGACACUUGACAGCUUGACAAGAUGAAACUAGAACCACUAGAGACAAGAACUACUUUAAUCUGAUUCGAAUUUUGUUUUAUUAAAUACAAUAACAGGUUUAUGAAGCUUAUAUUUAACCUUCCAAUCCCAGGAUAUGCGUAUAAGCAAUGGAUUUUGGGUAUGAGCGAUCAAAUUCACUUGCUAGUUGAGGUGCUUAUACACAGUCGAGCAAACCAGGCGGUCUCGAUGAAUAAAAACAGGAUAUGAUAACAUGGCCGUGCAAUCUGACUCCGGCGGGAAGGACGAUGUGAAGACACAGUUUGUAACGCGAGAAGGGACGUACCGGUUGAUGACGCUUUCGGAGUAUUCACGGCCUAACCGUGUGGGUUAUACUAGUGGCUCUGGUUCCACACAUGUUCGAGUCUCUUUGGUGACUUUGCCUCCAGGGACUGCUCCCGGCUCUGAUGAACCUACCACAGAAGACAGAAUUUGUUUUAACCACGGAAAAGAGUUGUAUGUGUAUGUAUAUAAAGGCAUUAAAAAGGCAGCAGACCUCACAAAACCAGUGGAUAAAAAGAUGUAUAAGGGCACAAACCCAACCUGUCAUGACUUCAACACGGUGACAAUGACACCAGAUAGUGUUUCAUUAGUCAUAGGCUUUUCUACUGGCCAAUUACAAUUAAUAGAUCCUAUUAAAAAAGAAUUAAGUAAACUUUAUAAUGAAGAGAGACUGAUAGAUAAGAGCCGAGUCACAUGCAUUAAGUGGGUGCCAGGCUCAAGUAACCUUUUCAUAGCAGCGCAUGCAUCGGGCCAACUUUAUGUGUACAAUGAGGAGUUAACCUGUGGGACCACAACACCACAAUAUCAACUUUUCAAGCAUGGUGAUGGCUACUCAAUACAUACUUGUCGGACUAAAAGUACAAGAAACCCACUUUACAGGUGGGUGAUAGGUGCGGAGAGCUGUAUAAACGAGUUCGCGUUCUCUCCGUGCGGCACGAAUCUGGCGGUUGUCUCUCAGGACGGCUUCCUGCGCUGCUUUCACUACGAUACCAUGGAACUAGUCGGGCGCGCUCGAUCCUACUUUGGUGGCUUCCUCUGCGUCUGCUGGUCACCAGACGGGAAAUACGUUGUAGUCGGUGGUGAAGACGACCUCGUUACCGUCUGGUCCUUUAGCGAAAGACGGGUCGUGGCUCGGGGUCAAGGGCAUAGGUCAUGGGUCUCGGUCGUCGCCUUCGACCCAUACAUAGUCAGCUUAGGGGAGCCAGACACCGAAGAUACGCGUGAGGACAAAAGUGAAAGUGCACAGAGUUACAGGCUAGGCAGUGUUUCUCAAGACACACAGUUGUGCUUCUGGGACUUAACCGAAGACGUUCUCAAACCGGCCGUGCGAACGAGAGCAUCUACCCACCUUUCCCCUAAUAGCAACAAUAUAUCCUCGAACGGUAUCCCUGGAACAAAAGUACUGCAAAAAUGUACUAAAAACAACAAAAUCGGGCAUAAACAUGCGGAAUUAGGUGGAAAUAACGCCGCUGGCGAGCCUUCCGGCGCGAAGGCUAAAUCGAAAUCGAAUAACAUUUCCACUUUGAAUAUUAACGUCGGAAAGGCGAAAGAGGAAGCGUCCGGAUCGUUGGGGGUUAAUUUUACGCAACGACUAGCAGCCUUAUCUUUCGGGGAACGUCGGUCAGAUCACAGACGAAACUUCAGUUUGACAAAGAGUACAGAUAAGUCAUCGGCGGCAAAUACGGUAGCGUUAAGGGGGAAGUCAGCGGGGGCGCAAACGAACGAUAGUUGUGACCCCGUUAAGUUAAUUGGGACUCCGUCGUGCCCCCGUUUCGACGAGUGUCCCGUGUUAGAGCCGCUUGUCUGUAAGAAGAUUGCGCAUGAGAGGCUAACGGCCUUAUUGUUUCGGUCGGAGUACUUUAUUACUGCGUGUGCAGACGGGUGCGUGAACACUUGGUCUCGGCCGUUGCGUUCUGCGCCCGGCCCCACCCGCCGGGACCGCGUGGAUCUGACUGACUAGCCCGACCUUAAUGAGUUGUACCGACAGUAUUGCUCCAUUCAUUAUGCCAGUUUUAUAAAUUUACUCUUCAUAAUCUUAAAUAUCCGACAAUUUUGUUUUAUAUUAAGGAACUCUCUUAAUUAUUUGUUAUAAUGAAUAUAUCUCGGAGUGGUAGUGUGCGGUACAACUAAUAGGAGUAGAUAUAUUCGAUGUCUUGCUUCAUUGCUACUUUUUAAUUAGUCAUUUCAGCGGAACACCUUAAUAACUUGUUAAAGACUGUUUUUUUAUAGUAAGGGGCCGUUCAAGUAUUACGUAAGCCGAUUUAAUGCAAUUUGUCACCCCCCCUGUCAGCAAAAGUAAGCAGAGCUCUCAAAAAUAAUAGUACAUAAACCUAUUAAUUAUUUAAAGGAAUCCUCGAUAGUGCGAAAAUUUCAAGCAUAGACAAUGUGUGGGUAAUAUGUAUAAGAAAGUAAAUAAUUAAUCGCCGAAUACGAACCCACUCCCCCUAUAGCUUUCGUAAUACUUGAAUGGCCCUUAUUACAGAAUUAUAAGAAAUGUCAUAAUGUUAACUAAGAAAUAGGAAAGUAGUGUAGGUAGUUUUUUAAAACGAGUCUUUUUUGAGAAAAUAUUUUAUAUGUUAUUUGGAGCAAGAUAUUAAGUGAUAAAAAGCGUGUUAGAAAUUUGAGAUUGUAUAAACUUGUGUAUAGUAACUAUAAGCCACCGGCUCUUGUAAAUAUAGGAUAGCGAUCGCAAUCCAAGAUUGUCGGAGUCGCCACUAUUUUGGCUGUUAAUACUUUAUCGAUAUAUUAAAAGUAUGUUUCAUUACAUAUACUUAAAUGUUUUCAAGGGUCAACAACGUAAUGCGCUACUGGUGAGGGGCCGUUGAAAUAUUACGUAAGCACAUUUACUGUUAUUACCCCCUCAUUUCUCAUUUCAUUUUCAAGCAUGGGCAGUAUGUGUAGUAAGUGUAUGGAAGUAAAUAAUUACUGUUCACGCAAUCACCAAACAAGAAAAUCAAAGACAUCGUUUGGUGCCUACGUCAUACUUGAAUGGCCCCUGACUUGCAUUUUGUGGUUUACCCUUACCACUUGUAUUGAAGAAAGAGAGAAAGAGGUAAACCUAGUUUGGUUGAGGAGAUUAAUUUUCUUGAUUAUUUUAAACUGGAACAUGCUUUUAAAACACCAUAGACUUGGAAGGGGCAUUAUUGUAACGAUCCUUACAUAAUACCUAAUUAGUUAGAAAAAUUAGUUUAUAUAGAAAUGCACCACCAUAUAUAUAACUCUUUGUGUUUAUAGUUAUAAAAUUAAUUUAUUUAAUAAAUUAUAUUGUUGUAUUAUAAUGCGGUUUCGAAUUAAUAAUUUCGUAUUGUGCAAAAGUGUGGCGAGGAAAUAAGUUUUUGUAAUUUGUAAAACAGGAUUGGGCAAAUAAUAUUCCUAUGUCAAUUCACAAUUUAGAAACUUGUCGAAAAAUAUUACGAAUAUCGCUUUUGAUAUUGACGAAAUUGUUUAAAAGUAUGUACUUGAUAUUUCUUACACUUAUUAAGAUUAAGAAAUUAGAAGAAAACAGCUCCGUUUUCACAAAAACUAUUUUUUUCUACAACUGACUGUUUAUACCUGCCAAGUUAUGAAACUACUGCAACUGCUGCUGUUUAAAGAGAAUGUGAUAUAAGUACUAGGCAAUUUAGACUUGUAUCAUGAUAUGUCUUAUUCUAUUAUUGAUAUCUUAAAUUUCGGUAAAUAAGCUAUUAAUUUGUCUUUAUACUACACAAUACUUUAAAGUGAUGGGACAUAUUCAUUCUUUUUUUAAUAGUUUCUGUGCAAACAAAUGUUCUGCAAGUAUUUAACAGCCAUAAUCAUUGUAAUUUUCAGAUUAACUUUUAGACCAUAGACAAUAUUGCAAUCAUUUAAUCCGUUAAUUCUCGAGUAAAGAUACCGCUACCUGCUAAUUCAUAACCGUGUCUAUAAAAAUAAAUUAAUGUAUGGAUUUAAACGCGCGCAGGUUGUUUUAAUAGAGAAAGACCCAAAAAUCCAUUGUCUUGUUGCCAUCUUAUAUGACGGUUCUCGUCUAUAAGUGUAAGAAUCAAUUUUGCACAUUCCUAUUCCCGCCGAUUACGAUGGUGAUGGCAUGUAAGACAUAAAUGUUUCUAUAUAAAAAUCAAUGAUAUAGGAACUGAUUAAGAUUAAUAAACUAGUGCACAUAAUAGCGCCAUUUGUAAUUUUAUAACAUUACAAUUACAUUUUGUUUUAGUAAUAAUGAAUCUUUAUAAUUACUUCUCUGUUAUACACAAAGAAUAUUGUUUAAUUAUUUGCGAUUAAAGCAUUUAUUCAGUUUCUUGAAUUUAUAUCAACUAUAAUGUAUAAUCUAUGCAAACGAGCCUCCGGUCGAAGUUGUAAUUAAUUUUAAAAAAAAGAGUAAAUUUAGAAUGUACUUCUCAUAGUUACAAAGUCGCGUUACUUAAUCAAGAGUACUAAAAAUCCUCAUGAAGAUUCUCAUAAGUCAUAAUUAACACGCUAGUUAUGUCUUACUAAAUUUUCCGCUUUAUGUGUAUUAUUUACUAUUACUUCAGUGCUCUUACAAAUAUUCCUUCGUAUUUUGUUGUAUAAAAGUCAAAAGACCCUUUUUUUUAGUCUAUUAGAAAUCUAGUCCAAAAUUGAAUUAAUGCUUUAAGAACAAAAACUUAACAAGUUAAUUGUUUUAUUAUGUUGUAUAUAGUCAAUCAGUAAAUAAGUAAUAUUAUUUACUUUAGCCGCAUUUAUAUAUUAGUGUAUUUUGAGUCAUGAGCAAAGGUUGUAGGGAAAAUAUUUCUGUGUUUAUAAGGUAAUUUCUCUACAGCUGAAGGAUCUCUGAUGAAUGUUGGUUAUGACAUUACGCAUCAACAUUAAAUUAAUGGAAAUUUAUAAACUAGCAUUGUAUCUUCCACUAAGUUUAUGGCUAAGAGGCAUACGUUAACAAAAAUAAUAGUACCGUGUAACUAAACCUACAUGCCCGUUUGCCCCCUGUUCUAUAAAAAAAAAACAACAUAUUUUAUUCCUUAAGUUUUUGUCAAGGAAGAUGACAAUACUAUUUAAUGUAUAUAAAUUUGUUUCAUGCUUGUUGUGAUAACAAUAUUCACAAGAUCCAAAUAUGAAGAGUCGAUUGUUUUUUAAAACAAAUGAUUGUUAUUUGUAUGAGGCGUUGAAGGAGUUUGUUCACGCUUGACUUGUUAAUUUAUUGAAGUUUUUAAACUAGUGAGACACGAAUUUUGAGCCUAUCGAGUUUAUCAUAAAAUAAAUAGACGAUUCUCUUUA